AGAAUCGGCUUGUUGCUUCAUCCACCCAUCUCUCUAUCUUUCAUCAUCUUUCCCCAAUCCCCCACGGGAAUCUGUGAGAAUCUCUGGGGAUUGUGGGCUAGUUCAUCGUUUUUCAGCUACCCAUUUCUUCAAUUACACAAUCCCACCUGCAAAAUCUGUAAUUAUUUCUUGGGUUGAUCUUAAAAUUUGAGAAAAUCGUAACCCAUCAAAGGAUUUUCUUGGACUUUACAUUUAUGGGUGUCGUUGCUGAUUCUCAAACGGGUGGUGGUGGUGGUGAUGGUGGAGGGGGGAAAUGUUCAAGGGCUGGUGGGUUGAAGAGUUUGGUUAGAAGAAAGCAAGUUGAUUCAAUUCAUUCGAAAUCUUCAAGCUCUGGUCAUCAUCAGUUAGCCAAGGCUUUAACUGUUCCUCAUCUUAUUGCUGUUGGAGUUGGUUCAACCAUUGGUGCCGGAGUUUACAUUCUUGUUGGUACAGUAGCUAGGGAGCAUUCUGGUCCGGCGCUCACCAUUUCUUUUCUAAUAGCUGGAAUAGCUGCUGCUUUAUCAGCCUUCUGCUAUGCAGAGCUUGCAAGUAGAUGUCCUUCAGCUGGAAGUGCCUAUCACUAUUCAUACAUAUGUGUUGGGGAAGGAAUUGCUUGGUUAGUUGGUUGGGGUCUCAUAUUAGAAUAUACUAUUGGGGGUUCUGCGGUUGCUCGUGGUAUAUCACCCAAUCUGGCUGUGCUUUUCGGAAGUGCUGAUAGUCUUCCAUCUUUUCUAGCACGACAUACAAUUCCCGGGAUGGAUAUUGUGGUUGACCCAUGUGCAGCUAUAUUAGUUUGUAUUGUCACAGCACUCUUAUGUGUCGGAAUUAAGGAGAGCACACUAGUACAAGGCAUAGUCACAAUAGCAAAUGUAUGUGCCAUGUUUUUUGUGAUAAUUGCUGGUGGAUAUCUUGGUUGGAAAACUGGUUGGGCUGGCUAUGAACUUCCUGUUGGGUACUUUCCUUUUGGAAUGGAUGGGGUGCUUGCUGGCGCUGGAACUGUCUUCUUUGCAUAUAUUGGCUUUGAUUCGGUUGCUAGCACUGCAGAAGAGGUGAAGAAUCCUCAACGGGAUCUUCCUUUGGGUAUUGGUGCUGCUCUGUCCAUAUGUUGUACAUUAUACAUGUUGGUUUCUAGUGUUAUUGUUGGUUUAGUACCUUACUAUGCUAUGGAUCCGGACACACCCAUAUCUUCUGCAUUUGCAAGCCACGGGAUGAAGUGGGCAGAAUAUGUUAUAACCCUUGGGGCUACUACGGCUCUUUGCUCCACAUUAAUGGGUUCGAUCCUUCCUCAGCCUCGAAUACUGAUGGCGAUGUCGAGAGAUGGUUUACUGCCAUCAUUCUUUGCUGAUGUUAACAUACGAACCCAAGUGCCCGUCAAAAGCACUGUAUUGACUGGUCUAGUUGCUGCAACCUUGGCAUUUGUAAUGGAUGUGGAACAGUUGGCUGGGAUGGUGAGUGUAGGCACGCUGCUUGCAUUUACAAUGGUAGCGAUUUCGGUAUUGAUACUCAGAUAUGUCCCACCAGAUGAAGUACCGAUGCCAUCAUCAUUCCAGGAAUCAAUUGAUUCUAUUCCGUUUUCAUAUGAUGCUACUGAAAAGGAUGCAGAUGGGAAAGAAGACAUUGUGUUGUAUGCUCCUCUUCUUCCGACACAAGCAGCUUACAUAAUCAAUGAAAACAGGCGGAAAAUUGCUGGUUGGACCAUAAUGCUUACCUGUAUCGGAGCUCUUCUUCUUACAUCAGCUGCUUCAAAUGUCAGCCUCCCUAGCUCGGUUAGGUACACCGUGUGCUCAAUAGGCGGCGUUCUUCUUUUAUCGGGUUUGGUGGUGCUGACAUGUAUCGAACAAGAUGAAGCUAGGCACAACUUUGGCCACACUGGAGGUUUCAUAUGCCCAUUCAUUCCACUUCUACCCAUCAUAAGUAUCCUCAUCAACACCUACUUGCUUAUCAAUCUCGGAUCCGAUACUUGGGCACGGGUGUCUGUAUGGAUGUUUAUUGGAACACUGGUGUAUGCUUUCUAUGGCUAUCGUCACAGCGCGCUACAUAAUGCCAUCUAUGUCCCAACCGCCCAUGCUGACGAAGUGUUUCGCAAUUCAAAUUCUCAGGCUUAAAGCAUAAAAGGACGAGCAGUGGGUUGGUUGGUUUAUUAAGUUGUAAUUGUAAAAUUAAUGUACUAGUCAUUAUUUUGUGCUCACUUAUUUAUUGGUUGUUUUGUUAAUGUCAACUAGAAGAACACAAAUAUAUAGCCAGCCAGCCAAAGUAAUGAACCUGAAAUUGGUCACAUCCUAUUGUACAUAAUGUUGUAGUAGAAGGGUUGGGAUUUAGGCAGAAGAAAGAUGUACUAAUAAUGUUAUCUAUUAUUAUUUGUUAUUUGGAGAAGCUCAUUCCUAAUUUGGAAUGACUUGGAAAAAUAACAUUACAAAUAUCCUUUUAUUAUGCAUCUUGCCUUUAAUU